AAUAAAUAAAUGUGAAGUAGUUACAGAUGUGAAAAAAGUCAAUAUCUCUCUGUCUGUGUAGGUUCGGUUUGUUCUUAUCGAUCCAUUUCUUCGAGUGUGGGUGUCCUACGCUACUUCCGUUCAUGUUUACGUUCUCAAAAGAAAAGAAGGCUUUCCUUGGAAAAACCAAGGACAACCCCUAUCUCAGUCUCCUUUCUCUUUUCGGGAGCAGAGCUUCAAAAGAUGUAGUUACCCUAUGAUGAGAUUGAGUUCAACGGAUAUGAAGGAUAGAAAUAUGCUAUUUGCUGCUAUUCCAUCUAUUUGUGCAUCAAGUCCGAAGAAGAUCUCAAUCUAUAAUGAAGAAAUGAUAGUAGCUCGUUGUUUUAUAGGCUUUCUCAUAUUCAGUCGGAAGAGUUUAGGUAAGACUUUCAAAGAAACUCUCGACGGGAGAAUCGAGUCUAUUCAGGAAGAAUUGCAGCAAUUCUUCAAUCCUAACGAAGUCAUUCCGGAGGAAUCCAAUGAACAACAACGAUUACUUAGGAUCAGCUUGCGAAUUUGCAGCACCGUAGUAGAAUCAUUACCAACGGCACGCUGUGCGCCUAAGUGCGAAAAGAUAGUGCAAGCUUUGUUAUGCCGAAACCUAAAUGUAAAGUCAGCAACACUUCUAAAUGCCACUUCUUCCCGUCGCAUCCGUCUUCAGGACGAUAUAGUCACAGGUUUUCACUUUUCAGUGAGUGAAAGAUUUGUAUCCGGGUCUACGUUCAAAGCUUCUACCGUAGAAAAAAUUCGAGAGGCCUUCGUACCCAUAGACCUAAUUCGAGAAGGCUUGAUAGUCCUAAGAAAGGUGAGGGUGGGGGGUGAUAUUAUGGCUGAAUAAGGAAGAGGAAUAGAAUCUCAUUCAUGUGUUCAUGCUAACAGAAGAGCGGAUCCAAUACACAUAAGGCAUCGGUUGUUCUUAACAGUGAUGGCUAUUCAUUUAAGUCUUCGGGUAGCACCACCAGAUCUUCAACAAGGUGGAAAUUCUCGUAUUUCGUAUGUACAUGUUCCUGUGGCUCGGAUGAGUAUAGUUAUUUAUAUCGCGACAGCUAUAAACAGUUCCUUGUUCCCAUUAACAAAACAUCCCCUUUUUCUUCUUGUUCUUUGUCAUAA